AUGGUUCAACCCACGGCCUUUCUUGCACCCAUCAUCCAUUCUCUCUCUAUCUCGGAGCUGGAGAUUCUCCCCUGCGCGCUGCUCGUCGUCAAUGGCGAGGGCAAGAUCACAUCACUGCUCAAAGAUGUUAACCCCAACGAGGCCCGCCAUAUUCUCGACCGCCUAAACUUCCCAGGGAUCAAGAUCAACGUCCUUGGCCCGGGCCGCUUUCUCAUCCCCGGCUUCAUCGACACGCACAACCACGCGCCGCAAUGGGCCCAGCGCGGGCUGGGACAGGGCAUGCACAUCCUCGACUGGUUGGACACCAUCACCUUUCCCAACGAGGCCCGCUUCCAGGACCCGGCCUGCGCUCGCCGCAUCUAUGCCUCCUGCGUCGACGGAUUCCUGCGCCAGGGCGUCACUACGGCGUCCUACUACGGCUCUGUCCACGGCGAGGCGACGCGCAUCCUGGCCGAUAUUUGCUUGGAAAAGGGCCAGCGCGCGCUGGUGGGCAAGUGCAACAUGUCGCGCAACGCGCCGGACUUUUAUCGUGACGCCUCCGUUGAGCAGAGCCUAAGGGUUACCGAGGAGUGCAUCGCCCACAUCCGCUCCGCUGAUCCCGGCGGUCAGCUCGUCCGGCCGGUGCUCACCCCGCGCUUCGCCAUCUCGUGCGACGACGAGCUGCUGCGCGGGCUGGGCCGUAUUGCGGCAAGGGAACCGGAUUUGCCUAUCCAGACGCACUUUAACGAGGCCGAGCAGGAAAUGCAGGCCACGAGGGGGCUGUUUCCGCAGUUUGAUUCUGAGGCGGAUUUAUAUGAGCAUUUUGGCUUGCUGGGUCCGCGGUCUAUUCUGGCUCACUGCUGCUAUGUGACCGAGUAUGAGAUGGAGCGGCUGCGGGCGCUGGGCUGCGGCGUCGCGCACUGUCCCGUGUCAAACAUGACCGUCGGCGGCGGGUUUAUGGCUGCUCCUGUGAGGGAGUUCCUGCGGAGAGGGAUCAAGGUCGGUUUGGGCACGGAUAGUGGCGGGGGGUUCUCGAGUAGCAUCCUUGAUGCUAUGCGCCAGGCGAUGAUUGCCAGCCAUGCGCGCGAGGUUAUGAGUAAAGGACAAGAUAAGGGUCUGAGAAUCGCAGAGGUUUUUUGUCUGGCUACCCUGGGCGGCGCGCAGGUGUGUUCGCUGGAGGACGGGGUUGGAAAUUUCGUUGUUGGCAAGGAUUUCGAUGCCCUGGUGGUCGGCACCCAGGGGGGUGACCAGGGGAUCAUGACCAUGGUGGAGGAGCACGACAGUUUGGAGACGGUGUUUGAAAAGUUUGUUAUGACGGGCGAUGACAGGAAUAUUCUGGAGGUAUAUGUUCAAGGAAGGCUCGUGAAGCCUUCAUGCGAUGAAGGGGCAGUAAAGCAUUGA